AUGUUUUUAUCCUGGAUGUUCAUAUUUUGGCCAUCGACUAUGUAUCCGAGUGAAUUGGAUGGAUCACGUUAUAUACUACGACCAUCGCAACCAACACCUAAUGAGCCGUGCAUUACUCGAAAACCACCAUUUAGUUUUCCUUGUCACCACUAUUGUGCGAAUUCGGCGCUUGCACCAGAAAAGAAGUUGCCGUAUACCAAACUGUUCAAGUCAAUAUGUGACUUCGACGUCAGACCGCCAAUAACGAUUAAACUGUAA